AACAGUGGAUGCUAACACCCAACAAACAACUACAGAACAAGGUGAAACAUCAACAACACAUGUACUGCUUCAAAGAAUCAAAACACUGAUAAAUGGAAUAAAAAAGACAACAUAUUCUUGACUUGAAGCCCACAUUCAGAGGGGGACCAUUGGUGGCGCGAGUGAUAAGAACAUGGGAUGUGGUGUACAACCAAAGCAACCCAAGUUCGUUUGACAUGCUACUUUAUGACGAACAGGGAGGACUCAUUGUAGCAACUGUGAGAAGAGACUUGAUACAGGCUUACAAAGAUCAAAUCUCAGAAGGAAAAAUGCACACUCUAAACAAUUUUGAAGUUGCUAGGAACAACAAACAACACUUGCCCGUGAAAAAUGACCUAAUCAUCAAGUUUACACCUUACACGACUAUCUUUCAAGAACAAGAAACUCAAGCUACAAUCCAGGAUGAAGUGUUUAUGAUACACCCACUUGAUCGAUUGAACGAACGAAACAACAAAAGUGACUACAGCAUAGAUGUUGUUGGCUUGCUAACUGGAGUUGAGGAAAAAACCUGGGUCAAUGUAGGACCAAACAAGAGUCCAAUAAGAAGAAUUUAUAUCGAAGAUCCAAAGUAA